CUCAGCGUUCAGACCCCCGAAUCAUGCCAUUCGGCGGACCUCUAUCGCAGGGGCCGCCUGCCCAGCGACGCAAGCGCCACCAACCCAAGCGCAAGUACGCAGGCGAGGCCAAGCGCGAAGGGCUGCGACUGGCUGCGAUCGCUGCAGCUGCCCCGGCUCCAAUCCCGCCAACGCAAGUCCAGGCCCGCCGGCUCUAUGUGGGCGGCCUGCCGCUCGAGGUGUCCGAGCACGACGUGCAGGAGCGCUUCAAGUCGUUUGGCGCAGUGAAGGCCGUCCAGCUCAUCCGCGACCACGAGACUGGUGAGUCGCGAGGAUUUGCCUACCUCGACGUGGAUUACACCGAAAACAGCUUGAAAAAGUGCAUGAGCGUCUACGCAAACGCGCGGUGGAAGGGCAAACUCGUCCGAGUGCAGCUCGCCAAGGAGAGCGUCCUGGUGCGCCUUCAACGAGAGCGCGAGGAGGCCCAGGCACUGAAAUCUGCCUUGAAGACUGGCGGAAGUGCGGCUGUGGCAAAGCUUUUGCGCGCUCAAGCCGCAAAACUCAAGUCUCCCGCUGCUGCUGCGCUUGCCAAGGCUCGCGGCGCGCCCUCUCGCGCGUUCAAGCAGCGUGCCGCAAACCCGCGAAUGCGCAUCAAGCCGCCGAGUCCAUUAAAUCGUGUUACGUCCAAGUCCAUCACAAUAGCCAAGUUUGUGCGCCCAAAGUACGGGGUAGCGCAGCACCGUCCCUCGGACAUUUUCUGCUCGGCCCGCGCAAUCAAGUCGCUGGUGCGCCAAUUACAACUCAACGGCCUGCCCAUCAUGGGUUUGGCGAGUGUUCCAUUCCGUCCGCCCGCUUCCGAGGAAGAGCUCAAGACGCGCACCAAAAGCAAGGGCUGGAUUGCGGGCAAGUAUGGCCGCAUGAUGACAAUUUUCCGAAUCCGAAGACGUGAUGGCCAAAAGAUUAUCAAAGUCAACCCGGCAAAAACACAGCACCAACUGAAAGUAUUCAAAGACGAAGAGCUCUUCACAGCGCCAGUCAUAGUAACAGAAAAGCAACGAGAGCGCAUUGUGUCGCAGCAAAAGCAAGUCAUGUCGUCGCUCCAGGCUCCACCGCCAGUACCGGCGGCCGCUCCCGAGCGCGAAGAGCUGAGUGAAGUUAAGAGUCGAGCAAAGGAAAAAGCCCUCAAGAACGCUCAACGCAACAUUGAUGAAGACGAUGGCGAUUUCUGGGAUAAGCUCCGAGCAGGCAAGCAGCCCGCUCCGGACCAAGUCCCUGCUGUUGUUGCUGCUGCUGCUGCAAGCGCGGCUGCGCCCAUUCAGCCCACGAAACGUGGGGCGACCGAACCGCCAACAGCGGCUGUUGAUGUGGCUCCCAAGAAGGCGAAACUGUGGUUUGAGGAUGACUCGGACGACGAGGACAAUGAUGCUCGCAAAAAGCAGGCUCGCAAGGCCAAGACACCAUCCCAACCGUUUGGCGAAUUCGACAGCGGAUUGUCAGUCGAGCCUUUGGCGUCCCACCACCAGGGUAUUGCGGCGUCGUCGCGUGAUACGAGCAAGUCUCGUGUGCCCGAGGAUGACACGCAAUCGGAGACCAGGAAGGUCCGCGCCUCGGCGUGGCUCGGCUCUGAUGACGAGGACGAUGACAACAGCCAUAAGGGUUUGCUGGGUAACGAUGCGGAUGAGGCUUUCGGGGUGCGAAAGGCUUUCGAAGGCGCCAAAGGGCAGGAAAUGCUGCAAUUGCAACGCAAGAUUGGCUCCGAUCCUCGGUUCCGCCUCGAUGAUCGAUUCGCUGUUAAUUUUGGAGAGGCUUCGCAUGAACAAGAAAGCGAUGACAACCAAGACAUUGCCUCUCAACAGCAGGAUCCCGAAGAAAUCAAUCUGCAGCGCGAGAAGGACCUGGCGAUGGCCGUGCUUCGCUCCAUUGUCCCGCAAGCUGCGCCAACCAGCAAGGCGGCUUUCGUGGCGGCAGCUGUGGCAUCGUUGACGCCCUUCGCCGGUGCGCCAGCGCAGCGAUCGAAAAACUACUUUCCCGAUAUUGCCACAAUCCGGUACGAUCCCAAGCGUGCGGACUCGCAGCGCUUUGAGCUUGGCUUUGGCCGCGACGAAGCUGCCGAGAAGGACGAGAACAGCAACCGAAAGACGAAACUGUCGACCAGAGCGGGAGAUUAUGACGACGACGAUGAUGACGACGACCACGACGACGACCGCGACGACGACCGCGACAAUAAGAAAACCGCUCCUCAAUCAGUGUCGAGCAAGGCCGUGGCCCCAGCAAAGUCCCAGUCGGCCGAAAUCGAGAACAGCAAGGGCUUGGCUGCGCUUGUCAACAACGAACGGUUUGUCAAUGUUAAGACCUCUCUCGCUGGACUGUUUGGCGCUGGGCCCGCCACAUUCAACUUGUUCGGAGGAUCGGCUGCUACUGCUGCUGCCGCUGCUGCUUCUUCUACUACUGCUCCUUCCAACGGCAAUAAUGACACCGCCCCAGGUGCUGAAACAUUCAAGUUUGGGUUUUCUGCACCCACCUCGGACGACGCCGAUCAUGCAGACCAAGUGCCAGACGCAGACGCCGAAGCGGCAUCCUUCCUGAAAGCCGCCCCAGUUAGCUUUUUCUUCCUGCACACUGGAACGCGACAGGAUCGAUUGCUAGCGCUGCAGCGCGAACUUGCCCAGCGGGCGUCCCUGCCCACCAACGACGCCUCUGCGCCCGCGCUUGCGACUGGAUCCAAGCUGAAGCAAGCCUCCGCGCAAGGAGUGCCCACCCAGGUCUUCAUGAAACAUGGCGACGACGCAACCAUUGCAGAACAGUGGAAAGCUGCCCGUGGCAAUCUCAUCAAGGAUUACAAGAGCAAACGCAAGACCUCCGUGCGUCGGCAAGCAAAGUCAACGCUGCGCCAUGGGUCUGCUGCUUUUGCCACGACUGCCGGGGUCGGAAAGCGUCGGCCGAACCACAAAGCACACGGACGCAAGCCAUAGACUAUUUCAUGUUCAACGAAAUGGUUUGUGAAAGUUGCUAAAAGGUGUUAUUGUUUUUUUAAUCUUUAUUUGGAAUGUUGCUCUUUCCUUCCUUCCUUCGUUUCUUUUCACCCCCCCCCCUUUGCCUUUCUCCCACGCUCUGUUAACGAAUAGCAAAAUUCAACGACCUACA